GGUGGUGUUUGAGUGUCACCACUGCCUCUCCUCACAGCGAUCUGAGCUCAGAUCCAAACGCAGCCCAGUUCUGGGUCCCCCUCUCCUCUAAGCCAGCUGGUCUGGCUUAAAGUCACUUUUCUUUCUUUCUUUGUUUUUAAAAAUCCUUUCUUGUUUGAUACAAGGGAUUGAGCGAACUAACCCACAGCUGGAGCUGCUGGGGAACCUUCCAGGUGAAGACAGGACAAAAAGCACAGGUGCUGACAGCCUGAAGCAGCGUGUCUCCAGGAGAUUCACGAAUGGACUGAACCGCUGGACGGAGGAAGAGAGAGCAGCAGGAAGAGGACAGAGAGAUCCAACUUUGCAAACAUUUGAGGUCUAAAAGAGAGAGCAUCCACCUUCUGUCCGUCAGCCACCAUGCAGGAGAUCUAACACCCUUCCCCCCUCGCCCCUGACCCUCCACCGACCACCCGCCCUCCCCGGCUCGCAGACACCGAGACACACAGAGUGUCCUGCCAAGAAAUACAAGGGCAGUGCCACAUGUCACCCAUUAGCCCUCAGCGGCGUUCUGCUCAGACUCACAGAGCCAGCAGUUUGGCAGUGAAAAGUGAAAAAGUGUGAGAAGCUGAAAGUCGAUUAAAGGAGUCAGACAAGAAGAAGAAAAAGAAAAACGACAAAAUAUCCAAGAUGGGGAGGAAAAAGAUCCAGAUAGCGCGGAUUAUGGAUGAACGGAACAGACACGUGACCUUCACCAAGCGCAAGUUUGGCCUGAUGAAGAAGGCGUACGAGCUGAGCGUGCUGUGUGACUGUGAGAUCGCCCUCAUCAUCUUCAACAGCACCAACAAGCUGUUCCAGUACGCCAGCACCGACAUGGACAAAGUUCUGCUCAAAUACACCGAGUACAACGAGCCGCACGAGAGCCGGACCAACUCUGACAUCGUGGAUACUCUGCGUAAGAAAGGUUUAAAUGGCUGCGACAGCCCCGACAUCGAGGCCGACGACUCCGCCGGUCAGAGCCCAGAGUCCGAUGACAAAUACCGCAAAAUCAACGAGGACAUCGACCUGAUGAUCAACAGACAGAGAAUCUGCCAGGGUCUGCCUCCCUCUAACUACGACAUGGGCGUCUCCCUCCCUGGCGGUAACCCCGGCGGUCUGCUGUACUCCCACCCCGCCGUCGGCUGCGGUCUCUCCAACCACAACCUGCUGCCCGUCUCACAUGCACACACAUCCAUGCAGAGGAACAGCAUGUCCCCCCAGAGACCCUCCAGCGCUGGAAAUGCUGGACUGAUGGGAUCAGAGCUGCCGGGAUCGGUGGUCUCCAGCGUUGUGAACGGCAGCUACAGCAGUCACUGCUCGUCCCCCGGCCUCCUCUCUCCUGGAGGAGUCUCCAAGAGCCUGCAGGAGAAGAGUCCACCUCACAUGAACCUGAGCCGUAAACCCGACCUGAGGACGCUGAUGCCCCCGGCCAACAAGUGCACCAACAUGCCCACCAUCAAUCAGAGAAUAAAUCACUCUCAGACGGCUCAGACUCUCUCCACCCCGGCCGUGUCGCUCUCUGCUCAGACUCUGCCAGGACAGGGGAUGGGGGGGUACCCGUCCAAUCUCUCCUCGUCCUACGGCACAGAGUUCUCCCUGGGCAGCGACCUCUCCUCUCUGUCCGGGUUUGGAGGUUCUGGUCUGGGAUCAGUGAGCUGGCAGCAGCAGCAGAUCCAGAAUCUGCAGCACUCAGCACUCGGACACAUGGGGAACUUGUGUCAGAACUCGAACAUGAACCUCCCGUCUGCUCACCAGCUCCACAUCAAGUCUGAGCCCGCCUCCCCUCCCCGGGACCGGAGCAUGAUGGGAGCCGGACUCGGAGGUGGAGGCGGCGUGGCCACGGCCGGGUACUCCUCCGCCGUUGGCCGGGGUCCUAAUGAGCCUGGCCGCUCCCCCGGCGACAGUGCGGCGUCCAGCUGCGGGAGCUCGUACGAAGGCAGCGAGGAGCGGGAGGAUCACCACGGCAACGACAACUUCCUGCUGCGGCCAAUGUCCGGUCAGGAGGAGCGGCACAGCCCGUCGGUGAAGAGGAUGAGGCUAUCGGAGGGAUGGGCCACAUGAUGGGAGGGGCCUGCAGCCAGAGGGAGAGGGGCUUAGCAAAGUUACCUUAUAGUGUUAUUAUUAUUAUUAUUAUUAUUAUUAUUAUUAUUAUCAUAUUCUUCUGUGCUGAGUGGGUGUGCUAAACGUGUACGUGAGGGGGGCAGACGGUCUGAUCAUGUGGAUGCAGACGUUACCUGCUGUAUUUACAUCACAUACUGUCAGAGGAGCCAGACGACAGACGGACGCCUGACAGACAGAGAGCAGGGUUUAUUUAACUGCUGGAGAGUGACAGAAAUCUUCACUGGAAAUACAGAAUAAAAAUACUCAUUAAUGAGCUUUGUACUCCUGUUAAAGAAGGUAAACAUUAAAGGAAGAUUUGCACACUGAAAUGCCAAGUUUCAUGAAUGAAGGCAAUAAUUUGACUUAUUUCCCAGGGUUAAAAAUAAUCGAGGUGAAGCAGCUCUUAGUUCCAGGUCAAUGUUCACUUAAUUAUCCCCAUGAAGGGCUGUUUAUUUUGCAGCCAGCAGUCAAACAUACGCCCAGACCAAUCAUAAAUGCAGUAUAGAAAACACAAUUAAUCGAGGCUUGGAUAAGUCACUGUAAUUCUACGUGAAGAUUUUUACUCUCCACAGUUAAAUACCCAGCGUCUGAGUCGAGCGUGUCCGUAUGCUGCCUGAGAGUUUGUACAUCCUGUACUGCUUGUUUUGUGUGCGUGUGUUGAGGGGGUCGGGGGGGGAAAUCUACGUAAAUAACAAAUAUGUUACAUGCACACUGAGUAUGUGCACACAUGUAUGCAAACUAACACCAAGUGAAGAAGUCUGGUACUCUGAAGCUACUGCUGAGAUUCAAACGUGGAGGAGGGCGGGCGAGGAGAGGCAAGGCAGGGCGCUCCGUCCACGCCGUGUUGCAGGUUCAACAUUUAGAGACUUUUAGCACAUUUAAAUAUGAAUGUACGGGAGGCAAAGAGGGUCAAAAAUCAGGUGGAAAGAGAGAGGAAGUCCAGAGAAAGAGGAGGGAUGAUGAGGAAGAGGAAAGAGAGGAGAGUGUCAGUGUCAGUGAAGAGGAAGUGAUGUAAAAAGGUUGAUAAGAAUAAAAGCUUUGGAUAAUUUCACGAGAUGUGGAGAUUUUUGUCAGCGUUAGAGGGUCAUUUUCAGAAGAAAGUUUGAAAAUUUUAUUUUCUGUUAAUGUAAUCCACAUGCACGAUUGUACGGAAGCAAACAAAGGACAAAACACCUAAUCAAAAAAUGUACAUGUGCUGUUUCCUUAAAAGAAGACACAAAAGUACAUGCUAAAAUAAAAUAAUAGUAAUAAUUGAAACAAAAUAUGCCAGGAAAAAAAGACAAAAAAUAAUAAUUUUAUCCUAGAAAAUAAAAGUAAAGUAAAACUAUAAAGAAAAGACAUAAGAAAUUAACUUAUUUUUUAAGAAAAACAUACACAAUUUGCACAUUUUAAACUACAAAAUUAUACUUUGAUACAUUUUUUGAUUAAAUUCUGCAACAUAUAUUGCAAAUUCUCCAAAGGUUUUUUGCAAUUUAUGGGGAUUUUAUUUCCAGUUGCCGAUCUUUUAAAGAUUUCCUCCUUUGUUUAGGUUUUUAUUUCAAAGUUUCACUAAUUCUUUUUUUUGAAAAUUCAGGUUAAAAGUGGACAAAAUCAUGGUUACAUCUGUUUUACUGUAAACAGUGAUUCUUUUAUUUGUGAGCAAAUAAAAAAAUCAGAUAUUCUGAUAUUAUUAAAAUAUCUAUUUAUAUUAUAGGUGCAUGUACGAGUGGUAAUGGUUUAAAGUUUUGACCUUUAUUUGCCUCCGUACAAACAAAAUAAACUGGGUCACUCUAAAACAAGCAAAGCUUCUGUGGAUUGAAACAAACUGAAACUCGAUUGAAAACGGCCAUGACGGCGUUGUUAUGCACAGAGAAGCCUGAUGGAGUCGUUGAGCGAGGUCGAAGAGGUCGAGCAUGUGCUGAAAGCUUUCGCAGGAACUCGUCGGAGUGACGACGACGCUGGCGUCACUCCUUAAAGCCAUAUCCACCCGGACAGAGAUGCUUUGCUGCACAGACUUUCUAGUGUUUCUCGUGUUUUUGAACUCCUUAUUGUAUCAAAUUGAUAUUGUCAGAUGUCUGCAGCUCUAUUUAAUAAGAAGAAGCAGUAAUAUAAAAAAGUCAGACAUUUUCUAUUAAUAUUUCAGGGAGAUUUUAGGUCGGUUUGAAGGUUUCUGUUCAGCGGGUGUCAGGGGAAACACGAAGACAAUCAGAGCACAAAAAGCACAACAUGGAUCUGUUUCCUGCAGGGAUUCUGGUGUCAAAUUAACGUCUGGGCAGCUAUGGAAGAAUUUACUCAACUACUUCUCCUCUGUUAAAAGUCCUUCAUUAACACCUAAAUAAAACAGCAGUGUUAUCGUAAAAUUUACUUUUAAUUACCUUAAAGAAUCACAAUAAAAGAGCCAAUUCUGCACUUAAAUUUCUGAUUAUGUCCUAUUUACAGUAUUGGUCUAAAUGCAUCAGUGGUAGAGCUGCAUUUUAAAGUCACUCAGUUAAAUUAAGUUGUUUUCAGCCCCUUAAAAGAAUCAUCAGCUAAAUCUGAAUGUUUGUUCCCAUUGAGUUUUUAUUGUUAAAGAAAACUAUCUCCAUUUCUUCAACCAUUUAUUCCUUUUUUACUUGGAUAUCAAAAAUGAACUUAGAGAGGUACAUUUUCACCUUCAGAGUCACUUCAUCAAAGUUAAUUACUAUUCAGUUUGAGUCCAUUUACAUGGACACAAGGAUCCCCACUUACUCGGCUUACUUACAGAGGGAUUUCAUGUCCCAUCUGGCCUGGAAACCCCCCCUGAAGGAGCUGGUAAACAUCUGAUGUCUGGGUUGACUUGCUUAUCCUGCUUUACUGAGACCCAGCCCCAGAUAAGCAUAAGAAAUGGAUGAUGUCUUUUGGUUUUACAUAAAUUUAUACAGUGUCCCUACAUUUAAGAAUUGGGCCUCUCCAGCAGUUUCCCCCGCCAUGAGAACCAUCCUUCACCUUCCCAUGUUUGCUAGUUUGCACCUUCCUGUUUCAUGGCGAGGCUGCCCCCCUGGAUGUUGACAAUAUUGGCACUUUUAAACAACACUAUUUCCAUUGGACAAGACUGAAGAAAAACAUGCUCCUUCUCCUUCAUGCCAUGUUUACUAAUAAACAGCUUCCUGUUUCAUGGUGAGGCCGCCCCCCUGGAUGUUGACAAUGUUGGCACUUUUAAACAACACAGUUUUUAUUGGACAAGACUAACGAAAAACAUGCUCCUUCUCCUUCAUGCUAUGUUUACUAAUAAACAGCUUCCUGUUACAUGGCGAGACCACUCCUAUUGGAUGCUUGCAACAUUGGCACUGCUAAACAAGACUAUUUUCAUUAGACAAGACUGAAGAACAUGCUCCUUCUUCUUCCUACCAUGUUUACUAAUAAACAGCUUCCUGUUUCAUGGCGAGACCAUUUUCAUCAACUAACGACUUGUGAUAUUAUUGAAAAUAUUUGGGUUUAUUAUAAUGCCAAAAUGAGAGAAAGACUGCCUUAAAAAACAUGUUUAAUUAUGAGCUAAAAACUUUAUGACUCUUAUUAUUUUCCACUUUUAAUCUCAGAUUUUGGAUUACAAUAUUGUAAUUCAAACCCUUUAUUUCUUUUUUUUUUAGAAUCAAGGUUCUCUAGUAGUCUGUCAUGUACCCUCUCCACCCCAUCAUGUUUACUAGUUUUUAACUUCCUGUUUCAUGGCAGACUGCUCCUAUUGGAUUUUGACAGUGGUGGUGGUGUUUAUCCACUUUUCAAAAGACAAGGCUAAAGACACAUUUCAUUUAAAAGUUCUUGUGUUAUUUAUUUAUUUUACUUUUAAUUUGGCUUCUUAUCCGAUGAUUUUGACUUUUUACAUCAUAUUUUUUUUUAGAAUUGGUAUUCUGUUAGAACAAGAACCACAUGUUCCAGAUGUUUCUUCUCCCUCUCACCUGGUUUACUAGUUUGCAAUUUCCUGUUUCAUGGCGCGGCAGCUCCUAUUGGUUUUUGACAAUGGCAGUGCUAUUAAAAAACGCCACUUUCUUCAGGCAAGACUAAAGACUGAUAAUAUAAACAUGUUUGAUUUCAUCAUAACCCCAAGAUGAGAGAAAGACUGCCAUAAAACAGUGAAGCUUACGAUUAUUGGCAGCCUUAUUUAGCUUUCCCCAACUCCAAAACCAUCAUUGUUCCUCUAAAAUGUGUGACUUUGAAACAGCUUGAAUUAGUGUUUGGAUGAAGGCUAGCAUAAGACACAAUGAUUUUUUUUUUGUUUUGUUUUCAAGUAUUUUAUUUAUAUUUUAAAACAAGAAUCGUUGAUCCCUUUAUAAAAUCUUCUUUAUUAUUGAUCUUCUUGUUUUGAACACCAGAUUGGUUUGCAUUGAAGAGAAAAAGAGGUCAAAUUAAAAGCACAAUAUCUAACAAUGAGAAUCAGCAGAAGAAAUAAGAAGCUGCACUUUAAACAGGACUGAAAAGCUCUGUCCACUGCUGUGUAUUUGUGCAGUAGCUCCAGAAUCACUGCAGACUUACUAGAAAUAUCGUGUGCCUUCUGCCUAAGCUGCUCUGACACCAUAAAGCUGAACAGACUCCUUUGACAUCCUCAGUUUUUUAUCUUUAGCAGACAGAGUGGUGGCUGGGGGUUGUUCACAUUUGAAUAUUUUGGUUUAAAAACUGUAUAUUUGGAACUCAGACCCUCAGCCACAGUCGGCAGUCUGUACGUCCCCCCGUUAGCGACUAAAUUCUCCGGUCGAGCCCCCGUUAGCUGCACUAGCUGCCUUUUAGUUAGCCGCGUGUUGAAGGGCAGAGCCCACGUGUUUUUAUUUUUCGGCACUCCUUUAUUUUACGAUGCCGUCUCCGGGUUUAGACUCGCUGAAACGCACCGGCCCGGUCUGAGCCACCCUGGGGGGAACGGGGAGCCAGGAGCUCGUCCUGAGGCCCCCGGUGGAGUCGGCCGUGAGCGGGUGGAGGUGAAGGAGGAGUGUCAACUAACCAAAGUGUGAAAUAGCCUGUUUCUUGUGUUUUUGGUUUGAUUCUUUAAUGAGUAACUGCCUGAUGAGAUGAUUAACUUUGUAUUUGGAGACAUCAGUGAAUGUCCUGUACUGUAAAUGUACACGCUCCCCUCUUUGAAUCAAUAAUCACAUUAAUAACCACCAGUAUCAUAUUCUUAAAGUGAGAUUGUUAGCGGCAUAAGCUGGCCUUUGUCGCCACUUUGGAGACAAUGUUUCUCAGAAUAUUCAAGUGUUGUCGCAGUCAGAGAUCAUGUACAGAGAAGUCCCUCACUCACAAAUGUGCUAGUAUUUGUAUUUUGCAGAAAAAAUAUACAAAAAUAUACAGGCUCUGUUACAAACA